CAAAAUUUCUUUUUUUUCUAGUGGCCACCCUGUAUUUAAGUGGGUUUAAAAUAUCAUGUUUGUGCUUGAAAAAAUUAUGUACAUUUCGCUACUGAUGAUUGUUCUGAGUUUUGACUUGAUCAAAACAGAACGAUGCAGAAUUCCGGAAGAAAACGAAGAAAUCGAUAUCGAUAAGAGUCCCAAUACCUGGUACAUGGUACUGCACACAAAUGACCCAGUGAUGGGAAGAGAUGUUUCAGGUUCAAGGCUACAUAAUUUUACCAAAACAAGUACAGGAUUGAAUAUGGUGGCCACAGAAAUACACAAAAAUUCUCCUCCACAAACUAUGUUAGUCCACUGGACGAAGCAGAGAGCAGGUGUCUACAGAUUGGACAAGAGUGAUGAAUCAGUUGUUCAAGCAUCACAUGCUUUGAUGCCAGAAGGAGGAACGAGUGAAGAUGCAGAAAAAUUAGAACAUGCACAUUUCAUUGGUGAUAAUUUGAUCGUAAGCGAUGAAGAGAAUUACGUAAUAAAUGCAUUCUGCGGUCCUUCAGAUGAAUGGGUUGUGUGGGUGGUUUUUCCAACUAUGAAUCCAACAAUCAAGCAACUCACCCUGAUGUGGAACAAACUCAUGGAAAAGGGAAUCAAUGUACAACUUCACCUUGCAGAAGCAGUUGAACAUCCAGCGAUGUUCAUGGGUUUUAAAUAAUGAAAAAUAUGCGGAUAUUUUGUCGCGAAAUUAGGAUGUUUACCAUUCAAUUAUUCAAUCAACUUUUUCAUAUUCAUAAUUUGAAUAAAAUUACCAUAAUUAUUCAAUACCAUGCACAUUGAAUAAUCCUUGAGCAUACUUGAAUAAGUGCAUAUAAUUCAAUUCAAUUUACUAUGAAAAUGCACAUCUGAAAUUGACGUUAUCUCCUUAUUUCAAAAAUAAGGUUCCAUUACAUUUGAACCCACGUACAUUUGUACUCACGACGAUUGCACCUGCACACUAUUGCACCUAUGAAAAUUUUUGUUGUUUUACGGAUAUUUGAACCCAUACUA